AUGGCGUUGGUGCGUGCCGGUUCUGGCUGCAGCCACGUCAACGAGUUCACAGUCAUCAGGAAGAAAUUCAAGUGCCCGUACUGCAGCUUUUCAGCCAUGCAUCAGUGCAUCCUGAAGAGACACAUGCGAUCCCACACGGGAGAGAGACCCUAUCCCUGCGAGAUCUGCGGGAAGAAGUUCACCCGCCGGGAGCACAUGAAGCGACACACCUUG